UUAUUUUCCGUUGCACACAAAAAGAACGUGAAGCGUGCCGCGAAGUGUAGUUAGCCAGCCCGUUAGUUAAAGUAAUAGCCAACUAGCGCUAAAACUCUUUAAUCACCAUGAAAAGGCUCGUAUUUUUAAUUAAUUACACGCCGCAGACUUAUAAAAACAUGUUUUAAUUUUGCUGUGGUAAAAUGAAAAUAGCUGGCUUGCAUCUAAAAUGGAUCUGGCUGGCAUCCUUCAUGACCUCGACAUUGCGGAGCGACCCGCGUCCGUGAACCGCAGCGUUAUCGUUCUUCUCUCGCGUCUCCGCGCACGCUUCGCCGUCGGAGGUUCCGAGCGGCGGCGCGUCCUGGGCGGCGCGGCGCGCGUUUUCGCGGGCGGCGACGUGGCCUGGCUCUUUCCCGAGUUCAGCGCGGAUUUACACGCGGCCUAUGUUGAGCUGGUGGACUCCUUUGUGCGGCACGCCGCCUUGCCGACGUGCGACGCGGACAGCGGCGCCUCGGCCGCUGGCAGCUACGGACGCAUUCCGGCGAGAGCCACUGCGGUUACCGAAACGUUAUUGGCGUUAACCGCGCGGCUGCAGGAAGCCGUGCAGGCGGACUCGGUUGCGUCGGCCACGGCACGCUCGCUUGCGCGCACGCUCGCGCCGACGCUUUGCAUAUUCUCCGUUACACACCUACAGGACCAGCCAUGGACCGACGAGGCUUCCAGGAAAUAUGCUUGGGACCUGCUGACCUCAACCGUCAGUGCGACAAACAGUAGUUCACUGCAGGAGCUGCUGUGUGGUAAGGCUGACGGUGACCAAAAAGGGACCCUGGGCCCCAUUCUAGUCGCACUGCAGCCAGAGCUGACAAAGGAAAACUGGAAACGAAACCAGGCUGUGAAGCAUGUCUUCUCCUGGGUGUUGGUGCAGGUUGGACGCCCAUGGUUAGCCGAGUACCUGGACAAGGUCUUCCCUCCAUCUCUGCUCAUAUCCGAUGAUUACCGGACAGAGAAUAAAGUGCUCGGAGUGCACUGCCUGCAUCACAUUGUCCUUAAUGUCCCUGCAGCAGACCUCAGACAGUUUAACCGGGCUGAGGUUCUGUAUCACGCCCUCUUCAACCAUCUGUACACAUCUGAUGCUCCACUUAUACAGGUGGUUCUGCCCUGUCUUGUUGAUCUGCUCCUAGUCCUUGAGAAACCCCUUGUCCACACAGGAUUACCACGGAAACCGAACCGCUUUGAUGAUGUUCUUCGUCUCGUUUUAACACACAUGGAAAUGGAACACAAGCUAUCCCUCCGCCGUAUCUAUGCCAGCGAACUUCUUCUGUUCAUUGAAAAGAUGGGUAUAGGAAUUGCUCGCCAUCUAAAGAGGCUAGAGAGGGUGAUUGUGGGAUAUCUGGAGGUGUCCGACAGUCCUGAGGAGAAAGCCAGGCUGAGUAUACUGGAUGUCCUGGAGAGGACCAUACAGACUGCCUGGCCAAGGAUGGAGUGCAGGAUGGAUGUGCUGGCUAAGAGCUUGCUGAGGUUCCUCGUGGAUGUGUCUUCUGAUCCUCUGGUUCCUGAGCUGAGGGAGGAGCUGCUGCACAAGGCCUCUGGCUGCCUGAUUCUGUUGGACCAGUGCUCGCAGGGCAGGCUGCAGGUCCUGCUGAGGGAUGUAGACAGCAGCUGCGUCUCUGACCGUGUCCUGAAGUGCAUACAGGACCUUACAGCAUCACAUGGCGUGUAACCUGAUUGGUCAGGAUUAUCAGCAUCGCAAAGGCAUCUGAACUGAUUGGUCAGGAUGCGCAGAGCACAAGGCAAUAAAAGCAACUGAUUUGUUAGUGUUCGUGUGUGUAUUGUAGCCUUUUGUGCUGGCAGUAGUUUUCAGUGGCAAUAUCACGGUCACGGCUAACAAACAAUGUUUUACUCAGCUGGCGUCUCAUCACAGGUUCUGGCUUGUGUGACUGAAUCUGUGCUGUGCUCACUCUCACUGUACAUCCUGUACCAUGGACCUCUUCAUAAACAACAGCAGGGUGGUUUGUAGAAGCAUUCAGAUGGUAUAUGGUACAUUUCUUUUAUAUGAUUUUAACUGAUACAAAUGUUCUAUGAAUUAAUAAAGGAAAACCUUAGUUUUCA